AAAAACACAAGUGCGUAUUUUUCCCCGGCGUUUAAAUAUUUUAACCUAAAAAUUAAAACAAAAGAAAAUCAAACAAUCCGGCGACAGAGCAACAAUAAAUUACCGAGUAAACAAUGGCGAGUUUAACAAACUUUCGGCUUAAAUUAAAUUUAUCGAAAUUUUACACCGAUGCCAGGAAAUUGAGUUUCAUUUACGUUGACACGUCAGCAAUAAGUAAUGUCUUGCAACUGCACUCUAAAAUUGCAAAUACUUUUGGAAUUGUUGAGUCCUUUUAUCUCAUUACGGAGAAUAAUAUUUUCUUACCUUUUGUCGAGGAUAUUAGAGUUAUUCAGCUGAAUGAUGUUAUCACAGUUAUCCCUGGACGUCCUGGAUUGUCAAUUGAUGCUCCAACACCAAAUGGAACAGUGACUCCUCCCAGCAAAGUUGAACCCUCAAAACCCGAAUCACAGCAUCAGUCAGAAGAAUCCGACAAUACUGAAGUCGAAGUUUUUGUUGAUCCAAUAUCAGAAAAAGAUGUCGAUACUGACAUUAAAAAUGUCAACUCCCCAAGUACAGUUCCAAAGAAAAAGCGUAAGAGAGUACGACCUCGUCAUAAAAAAAAUAAAAAUAUUGAAAAAGAAGAAGUGGAAGCUAAAAUUUAUCAGCAAAAUGGAUUUUCUGCAACAAAUGGCAUUAGUAUAAACAAUGAAAAAUUAACACCGAAGCAUUUAAAAUUUAAUUCAGACGAUGAAAAUCUUCAAGUGACGAAUGACAAGCAAGGAAAUGGAAUUCCUGCUCGUACAAAACCAACUGUUCGUUCUAAUGAAGCUGCAUCUUUGUCGACUUUGCUGAGUUUAAAAAAUAAUCCCGUUCCCGUUACCUACUCCAGCAAAAGAGUGAGAUCUAAUUCUGAAAUUUCUCAUACGUCAAAUGUCUCACGUAUGUCUCAAUCUCGAGGGCCCGGAAAAAAUAAUAUUAAAAUGGAGACUGCAGCAUCUCCAGUACCCACUUUACCUGAAAAUCUAAGCAAUGGAUCAUCAGAUAUUGAUUUUUCAAAAGUAAAUCCACUCGACUAUCCCGUCGUUCCUGGCGUGAGUUUUGAAAUUGGUGAUGUCGUUGCAUUCCGCACUUUGAAAAUUGGAGAAGAUUAUUCUCCAACAGUCUCUGGGUAUAUUAUCGCCAAAGUUUGCGCCCGAGAUCAUAAUUCCGAUGACUACAUUUUUAAAAUAAUCGAUGGACAUGAACAAAUAAAAACUCCAGAAGGUAAAUUUACGCUACCGUCCGACAAUAAUGGUGACGAAAGUAAAGUUGAAGUUGAUAACGAGCUGAUAAAUUUAAAUUCUGUUCAUUUGGUUGAGCCACGAUUAAUUCAUCGUACCAAGUGAUUUUUUUUGUAUAAUUUUUUUUUACAUUGUGUUUGUUCAAUGUCCUAGUAAUUUAAAAACUCACAAUUUAUAAUUAACAAUAAUAAUUAUUGUAUUUUAUUAAGAGUUAA